CAAACGCCCACUUCCUUAUCAAGGACUUUCAAAACUGUAUUUGCUUUGCAACCUCAGCAAGCAAUGCAACUGGCGCACCUGUCCUCAUCAAACUGAAAACAAGAGCUGUCAGAGUGGGAGAAGCUAGAUUGUGCCCAACCUCCAACAAGGUUUCUUUAACAAUAUAUGAACUGAAACACAGGGUGCACCGUCCUUGCUUGCUUGUGCGCACUGGGCUUGCGUCUGGUCACGGCAGAGUUGUACAGGAACAAGGAUGUGGGCUGGCAGACAACUGCACAGGCUGAGACAGGGACUUGCCCUAACCGAAGAGAAGAGCGUGCACUUUGAAGACAAGCUAUCUCCUCCGCGCUUUCCGAAGAGGGAGAUCAUGUCACUGAAGCUGCCGCGGAACGUCUGGGAUUUCAACCUUAAAACAGAUUCUGCACGAAUAGGCCGUUCUAAGAGUGUGAUGCCAGGAGAACACAGUUCCAAUAGACCGUCGUCUCCCAAUACACUGGACCGUCCCGUCAAGUCGGGCUGGCUGAAGAAGAAGAGGUCUUUGGUGAAGCAGUGGCAAUCUCGGUGGUUCGUUCUUCGAGGAUUCUACCUCACUUACUACAAGGAGGAGGAGGAUGGGAAGCCACAGGGUUGCAUUGUUCUCCAGGACUGCAAGGUCAAUGAACAUUCCGCAAACCCGGAAGAUCCAGGAAAGUUCCUCUUUGAAAUUAUCCAAGGUUAUGGUGACCGAGAUCGGAUGGGGAACGUCCAGGACUCUCACAUGCUGAUGGCCAAUUCGCAGAGUGAAAUGGAAGAAUGGGUGAAAGCUAUCCGUAGGACAAUGGGAAACCUUUCCUCUGGAGCUGUCUUUGGCCAGCGUCUGACAGACACUAUAAGUUAUGAGCAAAAGUUUGGCCAACAUUUGGUGCCCAUUAUAGUGGAGAAAUGUGCAGACUUCAUGCGGGAGCACGGGCUGAAGGAGGAAGGAAUCUUCCGCUUACCCGGGCAAGACAACUUGGUGAAGGAGCUGAGGGAUGCUUUCGAUGCUGGAGAGCGGCCAUCUUUUAACCGAGAUACAGAUGUGCACACUGUGGCCUCAUUGUUCAAGCUGUACUUCCGAGAACUCCCAGAACCAGUCGUUCCCUGGUCCCAAUAUGAAGACUUCCUUGCAUGCAGUCAGAUGAUAUGCAGCAAUAACAAGUUGGGGCAAAAGGAGCUGAUGAAACAAAUAUCGCUGUUGCCUCAGGCAAACCACAACCUGCUCAGUUAUAUCUGCAGGUUUCUCCAUGAAGUCCAGCUGCACUCUGCCAUUAACAAGAUGAGUGUGGACAAUUUGGCCACUGUUAUCGGGGUGAAUCUCUUCAGGCCCAAGAUUGAGGAUCCAGUGGCCAUCAUGAGAGGUGCACCACAGAUUCAGAAACUGAUGACUGUGAUGAUCAGCAACCAUGAUGAACUAUUCCCGAAGCACAAGGAUAAACCGCCUUCCCCUUCGACGUCAGACAGCAAGAAAGCUUCCGUACAGCGAAGCAUGGUUGGCUGGGGUGCUUCAGAGAUUGACGAAGGAUCCACGACUGAUGCUUACACGUCCAGCCAAGUUGAUGAGAUUGGCUUCCCAUUGGAGAAUGAUUUUGACAGCUUGAGUGUAUGCCCCAGGAAAAGGACUCAGACACUUCCAGCCAGUAGCUGCAUCUUGAGUUCAGCUGGAGAGAUGUCCCACACUGUCAUUGCAGGCAGUUCUGGUGCUGACCUCUUUGACAAACGUAAGUCCUUCCAAGACAAUAUCACCGAGGGACACAAAAGGAGUUACUCCCAGGACAUUAUGAAGGCUCCCGUUCAUGAUACCAAGAUACAUCCCGACGAUUCCCAGAGAAAGGACUCAGCGAGCUCAGAGUGGCUUCCUGAACAGAGUACGUUACCCAACGUGGAACCGGGGAGUCCUGGUAACCCGUGCCUCAAGGUAAGCCAGUACCUCUCUACAAACACCCAAAAGGACCAGCCAAAGGGGGAAAGAAAAGAGGAAGAAGCAGAGUUGGAUGUGAGAGAAAUGAGCGCAGAACAACUUCGGAGCCAUGUCAUCGGAUUAAGACAGGAGCUGAAGGAGCAGAAGCAGAGCUAUGAGGAGAGAAUUGAAAGCGUUUUAACAGAGAAUUACGAAGUCUGGGCUAAAGUGGUGCGACUCAAGCAGCAGAUGGAGGAGGACAAGAAGCAGUACAAAGCUAUGGAAGUGAAGCUGUGUGACACUACACGUGCACUAGAGGAGGCCGAGAAACGCAAGAUGGGCUUGGAGAAGGAGCUGAAGGACUUCGUGCAGGCAAAGAACAAAGCCUCAGCUUAAACCUCCAACACUGCUUGUACCCUAGAACUCCUUCAAAGGGGCUGAGCUCUUUGUUUCCAAAUGGGGAAAUAAUAAUGUGUCACUUUUACUUUUCUGUCAAAAGCUUAUCAAAGUGGGGAGACAUUAUACACAGAGGCACUGAAACAUUAAUUCUGCAGUACUGACUGUGGAAGGGAUGCAUUCCAUCAGCAAAUAGUUGGUUGUAAAACAAUUCCCAUACACCUACUUCAAAGUGUGUUAAUAAUUGGUGCUUAUGUGUGCUUAAAUGUCUUCUAAUAAAGUCAAGGAGUGCUGUUCUGGAAUGGAAUAUGGCUAAGCACAUUCAGUACUGAUCUCUGGCAAGUUGCUCAUAAUUAUCCUUUUUUUCCCUAUUUCUGCUGAUCAUUUGGGAUCAAUAUGAGUUUCCACACGUGGAUGGCUCCCAGUUCUAUCUGAACACCAACACCUUUUUGCACCCAUCAAAUUGUCCAAUAUCCAAAACUGUGCAGGACAAAAUUUUCUCUGACUGAAUAUUGGGAAGAUCAAAUGUAUUGUCUUUGAUUGUGUGAUCAAGUCAAGAGUAUUUGAUUGUCAUAUGUCCCGAAACUGUGACAUUUAUAUUAGCUGGCCACCAAUUCUACUCACCAUAAAAUCCUUAAAGUCUUCCCCUUUCGCCGAGCUUUUCUUCACCUGCCCAUUUUCUCCUUGUGAUUCUCAUGUCAAUUCCCUGGUUUACACAAUAUCGUCACUAUGCAAACCUUUGUAUCUUUAAUUAUAAAUUAUACAUUUACAAAAUGCUGUUGCUGUAAUGUCUGACUGCUGUAAUGCAACAGAAAAAGUUACUCUUAUGUAAUGAUCUUAUCAGAUAAACAAAAUGUUGAUAAAUGACCUCUAACACCAUUUGCCUCA